AUUUAUUUAUACUGCAUGACUCCUUAUUUCAAUGUAUUUUUUCUCCUUUACCCAGAAACUAAACAGGAGUUGGAAGACCUUACAGCUGAUAUUAAAAAAACAGCCAAUAAAGUGCGCUCAAAGUUAAAAGCAAUUGAGCAAAGUAUUGAACAGGAGGAGGGACUGAACAGAUCAUCUGCGGACUUGAGAAUCCGUAAGACACAGCAUUCCACACUGUCACGCAAAUUUGUGGAGGUUAUGACCGAGUACAACACCACACAAUCCAAGUAUAGAGACCGUUGCAAGGACCGUAUCCAGAGACAACUGGAGAUCACUGGAAGAACAACUACCAACGAGGAGCUUGAAGAUAUGUUGGAAAGUGGCAAGCUUGCCAUUUUUACUGAUGAUAUCAAGAUGGAUUCCCAGAUGACCAAGCAAGCCUUGAAUGAGAUUGAGACUCGACACACUGAGAUCAUAAAGCUUGAGAACAGCAUUCGUGAGUUACACGAUAUGUUUGUGGACAUGGCCAUGCUGGUGGAGAGCCAGGGUGAAAUGAUUGAUAGAAUUGAAUACAAUGUGGAACACUCAGUGGACUAUGUGGAACGAGCUGUGUCUGAUACAAAGAAAGCUGUCAAAUACCAGAGCCAGGCCCGUAAGAAGAAGAUUAUGAUCAUCAUCUGCUGUGUGGUACUGGGAGUCGUGCUGGCAUCUAGUAUCGGUGGAACGCUGGGCUUCUAGACAUGGCAACAAACUAGAUAAACCCACUAGAGAAAUGACAAAACAAAAUGAUAUUAGUUAAAAAGGGGGUGGGUCUGAAUGAAAAUGACACAUUAACAAGCUGAUUAAUGAACAAAAAAGGAAGUUCCAAUAUGCAUAAUUACAUACAUAAAUUACAUUUAAAUGUAUCACAGAAAUGUACACUAAAUGUAUUGAACAUAAACAGCACAUUUUAAGCUACCUGUCUAUAUAUAUAUUCUUUUUUUUUCUUAAUCCUUUAAAACUUAUUUAUUUUUAGGGAUUUCCUGAACAGUGCAAGUGACUAGUCAUUAAGUAUGCUAUUGAGAAAGGCAUUUUCAGGAUUAUGUGUUAAUGCACAAAACCGAAAAAGAAAGACUAUGAAAAUCAAUUAUGUUAAUUGUUUUUAACAAUUUGUUGGGGGUGACUGAGAAUAACAUGUUUGAUUAGAGUUUCACUGAAUUAGUCUAAUACUGGUCAAUUCUUCAUAGGUCAAGCAGUUUAAUAUAUAGCUGAUUAGGUUAGCAUUUGGGACAGACAAACUGAUCAUGUCAUGAAAGGAAAACUUUGACAAGUUGCUACAUUAACAAUAAGAUGCUCAGAUUGAGCCAUCAUGGGUUUGUAAUGAGGGAGGGUUAGGCAUAGUGGUACCGAUGUUAUGAUGAUUAUGCAUUUUAUUUUACAGCUUUGCAAGGCUGCAUACCUUAGCACUGGGCCAGACUUUUCAUUUUGGUGUGCUAAUGGGACCAGCAAGACAAGACUUAUUUUUUGAAGAAGCAGUAGAAAUGAAACAUAGUAAAAGAGUGAUGCGUGAAUGGAAGUUGAACUAUGCAGAUUUGCCACAGAAAGAGUAGGACAAAUACCCCUAGGGAAAAAAAAGCAAAAAAAAAAAAAAGAUUUUAUCUGACAACAUAUAACAUAUAAUCAGAAAAAGAAUUUUAUAAGUCAAAACUUUACAUGCUGGUUAGUCCAUGGGUGAAUAUUCCCCACAAUUUUUGAAAGUUAACCUGUUUGGCUAUAUAUCGUGUGUUGCAUCCUCUCCUGAUAAAUAUUCUCUGUUUGGUCCGGCCUGGGCUUUACUGCUACCAUUUUGGUUCCAUUUUUUGUUUCGCAUCUGAAGACGCAAAAAGGAGGUAAAGUGAAAUAAGAAAAUAGCGUGUAAGCAAUUCAAAAAUUUAUUUUAUUUAAAUUAACAUGGCUUGUAACUUGAAUGCACUUUUAUGACAAUUCGAAAGAGGGAUUCCUGCCUGCUUUUAGUCUUAAUUGAACUAAAAUGGAUUCCACCACUAAAAGUCUAUGAAUAACAGAAAAUGUGCUCAUGGGUAAUAUCAAAGAAACCACUGGUCCUUUAAUUCAAAUUCAAAAUAAAGACAUUUUCAUUCGGAGAUGCAUAUAAAUAUGAACUGUUUAAAUUUAAUAUCCCAAAAGAAAACAAUUUAUAAAAUCCUGAGUAACUAAUUGUUUUCAGAAUUUUUUACACAUUUCGGUUGAUUAAUUUAACACUUUUGAUUAAUUUCACUUUACACUGUUCAUAAUAUUUAUAUAAAUAUUAGAAGAUAUUUAACAAAUCUAUUAAAAUAUAAUUAUAAUUUAACCAUUAAUGUAAUUAUGCUAAUUGAUUAAAUAUAACAUUAGCCAUUAUUCAAUGCCAACAAAUUUUCUGUAAUAAUUUGUAUAUAGCAUUAUAUGUAUAUGUUCUUUGUAAGCAAAUAGUUUUCAGUGCCCCUCGUAUCUUGAUGAUACUUAGAAGGUAGCAACUUGUUUUAUUUAUUUUUACAUUUUAUAGUUUAUAAGAUAGGCUUGUUGAUAUCAGUAGGUAUGAAGAAGCUAGAAUGUUUGAUGAAAUACAAGUAAAAGCAUUAUAAUGGAAAGUGGCCUUAGCAGGUCCACAUAAAAGUUGCAGAGUGGCCAGCCAGCAAGCCAAUAAGGGUCAGAGAGGGCUUGACAUGUGUCAUGCUUGACAAUUGGAGCGGGGAGGAAGACUCAUAUUUAAUGGGGGAAGUUAAAAUGCAAAAAUUUACUUUGCAUUUGAGGUCUGUAUUUUUGUUGAUAUAUUGAGUACAUUGAGUAUGUGAUAUAUUUUUAAACUUUUAACUGUAAUACAUCCCUUAAUGUUAGUGGUUCUGCAAAGUUACAUUCAAGUUUUAGAGCCAAACAGCCUUGUUUAAAAAAAAUCUAUAAAAGAGUGUUUUUUUCUUUAUAAACAAGUUAACUACAGACUGUACUUAAACUGACUUAAAAACUUCACAGAAUUGGCACAAUAAAUAUUAGUCAUAUUAGAAGCUUGUACGCUGAUAUUAUGGUAUGAUAAGGAAGGAAAUUUUACUCACUUAUGCUGAAUUUAUUGCUUAAUAACUGUGGACAGCACAAAAAUAUUAUUCUCCUGGUAGUAAUAAAGUAAAAAUGGAAGGGGAAAUAUAUCAAACACCCAGUGGCAGAUUAACGAGUCCAGGGGCCCCUAGGCUAUACUGUCUGUGAGGCCCUCUUCUGCCCCCAUUCCACAGAAUGAUACAACAGUUAAUGAUAAAACUAUUAAACAUUAGCAAGUUUAAGAUAUUUUCUAUAAAGUCAAAGAGAAUGUGACUCUGAAGGAAACAAGAGCAAUCACAUCACAAGAACAACUGGCAAGCUUACACUUUCACAUCCAUCAUAUGCAGCAACCAGAAAGAGUUCAACAGAAACCUCUUUCAAUAAACACAUCUCAAUAGUGGUAACUGGAAUAGAUUAUGUCAGUGUCAAUGGUACUCACAAUGUGCACUCGACACAAUAUAUAUAUAUAGCAUAGACCAUACAUAACUUUACAUAGAAGGACAAAUUCCAAAACAAUAUCAAACAAGUUCUUACUAUUGAAAUAUUUUCCUCUGUGCUUUCCUGAAUUAAACCCAUUGAUCAGGCUGCUAAAAUCCAUUUUACGUAGGAAACAAACUACGCAUACGCAUACCAGAUACAUUUAAGAAUUGGUCUCCCCGUUAAGUUUUAACCGCUGAUCAACUCACAUACAUAUAAACCAAUAAAGGAUCUUUUUUUUUACUUUUAAUAAUAAUAAAAAAGUCAGUAGAGGCCCCCUGAUCAUUUUGGACCCCUAGGCUGCAACUUAGGCAAGCCUGUUCAUUAAUCCGCCUCUGCAAACAUCACAUUCUCAUUUGAUAUGCCAAGCAAAUUAUGUUGCAAUUAGUCUAUAAAAAAUAUUAAUAACAUAUGAGUAUAAUUAUUAAUCUUCAUCAUUGUUUUAAUUUAUUUGACUAAUGUACAUCUCCAAAUCAAGGAUGUGAAAGUUUUAUUGAAUUUAAUCCAAGUCACGUUUGAACUUUUCAAUUAGUUUUGUGUAGUUUCAGCUCUCCGAUCACAGUAUGAUUUCAUUAAAAAUAGAAACGUGUAGGCAAAAUUAUGACGAAAAAUCAGCUGGAGAAUUUUAUUCUGAAAGGAAUGCAGCAUUGCAAAGGGAACUUCCUAUUGCAAAAAUUGAUUGUACUCUAGAGUACAGAGGUCAUCCUUCUAAUACAUUUUAUACUUGUACUUCUACUUGCUUUUUCAUCUUGCUGUCUUUCUUGGUCAUGUGCUAAUUUUAAUUAUCUUUUAAUAGUAUUAUUUGAUGUGCAACUCCAAAAUGAACAGCAUGGUUGAGCGUGUUUCCACUGCAGAAUUGGUGAUAUUCUGGGUAGUGGCCAACAGGAACAUAUGACAUAGUUUGAAGGUUUUUCUUCAUUUGUUAUUUUUUUUUUAAUGAAAAUGCCAAAGCAUUCAAUUUUUCAUGUAGAGAUAAGAGCACAAUAUCAUGCUCCAAGUGUACAAUUGCAUUUGCUUAACGGGAAAAUGAAAACCAAGGGAUUUAUUUUAAUUAUGUCCACCGAAUGGAAGUUCUUAAUAUUUGUUCUUGAUGUCGUAAUUUUAUUGCAUGUUGGACUGAUACAAAACAUUUUAAAUCUGUAACUGUCUUGCUGUAUAGAAUUAGUGGAUUUAUUUAUUCUCAUCUGUGUUAUCUAGUGGUGGUAAUUAAAACAAUCAGAUUAAUAUUUACUCCUCAUGUCCCUUCUGCACCUAUCAUGCAAACAUGCAAGUCUAUGUUAUAAAUGUCAUUAUUGUUAUUAUUUAUUAUAUUCUAACCAGAAGCUGGAUGUAUAUUGUGAUAAUCAUGUAUACCUGUUUGGCACUUUAAUUACAAUUUGCCAGUUUGUGCUCAUCUACAUGGUCUAUGCUGUUGGGGAAAUCUGUAUAUUGAAUUGAAUGUCCACGCUGACACUGGUCUAGGUGAACCAAAGUAUUAAGGCUCAGUGGGCAACUUAUAUAUUUGCAGAAGCAAAUCAGAGUAAAUGAGACUGAAAUUAUGCGAACAUUAAAAAUACACAUUCUAUCUCUUGUAGUGUACAUGGCAGUUUGAUUGACAGCCAUAAGAAAGAUAAUAUAUUCAAAAGAAGUUAUGGUGUUUCAGUAUAAACCACCAGACAUCGUCAUUGAUUUUUGGGAUUUAAUUCAAAUUAGUAAGGUAAUAAUAUGUACUUUUGUGGGAACUUGUGAUUUCUUAAUUUUGAGUUUAUCUGUAUUGUUUACAGGCUUCUCAUUUGCUCAUUCGUGUUUUAAUUUUAUUUGCUAUUCUCAUUACAAUCCCUUCUGUGUUAGAUGGUAAAUGUGAAUAGAUGUACGAACAUAUAAAAAUGCAGUUUAUUGGCUCUACCUCUCAUGACCACAUUUAUUUUAAUUUUUGAUCUAAAUAAAACAUAAAUUAGUGUGGGACUCUAUGUUGAACUAGACAUUUUUAAAUAAAGGUUGCACAGAAUAGGAUAAACUUUCAGUUAUUCCUUUUCCCACUGAAUCUGUAGUAUAAUAUUGAACAGCUACAGAAAUAUCUUAAAAACUUUACUUUCAGGUUGCAAUUUUCCUGGGAGAAAGUAUGCUUUGUUAACUGUGUGACCCUCAGCUUCACUUAACCUGGAGAUAACCUGAUCAUAACUUAAUUUCUAAACAGUGUUUCCUUGUAUCAGUAUUAAGGUUGUGUAUGUCAGUGGGUGGAGGGGCAUGGGGACAGGACUGGUGCUCUAACAUAAGACUGCAGAAAGAGAUCAGAAUCUUAAAUAUUAAUAGUAAUAAUAAUGAUAAAAUAUUUAUAAUAAAAAUAAGGGUCACAAUAGAAGGUAUCGAUUAUAACAAUUUAUUAUUAAAGGGGAGUGAAUUACGUUAUUUUAAAAUUAUUGUAGAAAUACUGAAUAUUGAAUGCUUGCAAUUUUGUCAACUUGAACUGGAUCUGUGUCUUGUAAUUAUUGUAAAUACUUGAAAAGAGAAAAAAUACUUGCAUGUCCAUGUAUAAACUACUGAAAACCUCCUGUCAAAGUUGUGAAGUUGUUCAAACUCUUUUCUCCCCGUUAACCCUCCAGUUGCCAUAUUUAUCAUUGAAACUUUUUUGUUACGUGAUAUUCCUAAAUUUUUUUUACAUGAGAUUCUUUUGUCUGAUAACGUCUGAAAAGGUAUAUAAAAGAAUAUACACAAACUAAUUAGAACUCAGGUAAGUGAAAGCCAAGCAUAGAAUGACUGUGUGUCAACAGAUUCAGCAUUUAUUCAAACUCAGUUUAAGUAUUUAAUUUAAUACAACUGACGAUUAUUUGAUGUUUCAGAAUAACCAGAAGUUCCACAGCUUUUGAUUAUUAAUUUAAUAUGUGUUUGCAAUUUGAAAAAAAAAACCUAAUCUUCAUGCACAUAGCUGUUUGAAUGAGUUUAUGACAAAGCUAUCACUAAAAACAAACAAAAAAACAUUGCAAUCAACUUCAAUUUAAAUGGCUUCUGCAUUUCUGAUUUUGGUCGUUUUAGAUCUCCCAGCAUCAACAAUCAAAGAAUAAAUUUUCAUUAUAUGGUUGCAUCAGGAGUAAUGUUAAGUAACAUUGAAAGUGCUAAUAAUGUUUCAAUCAAUAUGGCAUCAUUACUCAAAACUGAAUUGGAUUUCAACAAGGUUCAAAACAAAUUAUUGGCAAAUGACAGAUACCUGGUGUGGGAACAUUACCACCCACCAAUGGGGAGCUGACUAGAACAGAGAUUGAUUUCACAAGAAUUUACAAGGGAUAACUAAGUAUUGAAAAGUACAGGAUGAAUGACUGUUGCAACUUUGACUGGAAUUUGCAACUUGUGUCCUGUUUUUUUGUGUGUGUGUGUGUGCGUAUAGUAAUGUAAUCUGUCUCUCCUUUACUUGUACUGCUGUUUGCUGUUCUGUUUAGUUAGUGUGAUGUGCCGGUAUUCCAACUCUCUCCCUCUUCUAGCUCUUUCUCCAUUGAUCUUUAAAAUGACAACUCUAUGCAGAUGCUGUCUUUUAUAUGUGUGUCAAAUUUUAAUUUAAAAAAAUCUAGAAAAAAAAUGACAUUAUGAAAUGGAACAAAAAGUGAAUAAAGAAAAAGGAUUGCUCAGUGUA